GAGCAUGUUUGGCUCCUCCCUAAACUGAAGUGCUGCGGGUACAUGUGCUGCUCGAGUUUCAGAUUUAACCAUCUAAAUCUAAAAUUGACGGUUGAAAAUGAACUUUAACGAGGCUAAGAAUGAAAUUCUGCAUAUAUUAGGCAGAACGGAGCCUCAGGAUCUCGCUAAGCUCAUCGACUGGGUGAAAAAUUCCGAUGAUCUUGAUGACUACUUGGUUGACAAUCAAAGGACUAUACUCAAAAGUAUUGCAGACGAUCUCAGGCCUUGUCUUCCCCUUGAGGCUAUGUUUCCUUCAGAGACCAUGGCUAUCCAGAAGACCCAGCAGAACUCUAAACCUACUGUGCAUGUGGAUGCAUUUUUGUACGAUGAGGAAGCAGUUGAUUCCAUCUGUGAAGAGGGUAAAAUGAGUCGCAACUACUGUCUCAACUGUGGAUCACAUAGAACAGCCCCUCUGGAGUUCAUCUCGCAUUCCUUUUCCAUUUCGGAGCUCCAGUACCUGUUUCAUCACGUUCUCCCAGACCUGACAGGAAAGUUGGUUGUGGAUGUGGGUUCCAGACUAGGAGCGGUGCUCUAUGGGGGUUAUGUCUACAGUGCAGCAGCACAACUUGUUGGAGUAGAAAUAAGUGAAGAGUUUGUCAAGCUUCAGACAAUCGCUGUGGAGAAGUAUGGCUUCAGUGACAGAAUUCAGGUGAUUCAUGCAGAUAUCUGCUCUCAGGCUGCAUUAGUGCAAAAUGCAGAUGUGCUGAUCAUGAAUAAUGUGUUUGAGUACUUUAUGGAGCUCAAAGAUCAGCUAAGGGCCUGGCAGUUUAUAAGCCAAAAUUUUCUAAAGAAAGGUGCACUGUUGGUAACUGUUCCCAGCAUUCAAGAAGCUCUCAUGUCACUGCAAGACACCAAUGGACUGUCAGCGAUUGGACACUGGUUAGAGGAAGUGCCGCUUGAUUAUAGUGUUUAUCUGAAAAAUGACGCAGACGCAGAUUCCCUCAAACAAAUACAUCUCUACAGAGUACUCUGACCUGGAACUCAGACACAAGAGACUCAAAAUGGACUUCUUGGAACAGUAAGAUUUUGGGAAAUGGAUAUUGCCAUAGAACCAUGCACAAUUAGACUCGCUAGAUUCCAAUGAUAUCUGUCUAUAAAUACACAGAUGAAUUUUUGGCAGAUAUGUUGCUAGUGUUGCACAUUUAAUGAAAUACAUCAACACAUCUACAUUUAAAACAACCAGCUGGCAGUACAUGCAGUGGGCCAUUAAUCUGAUAGGACAACAGUGCUUUGUUAGACUGUUAUCACUAUUGUAUAGUUCACUGUUGAAUUAAUUGCCAUAGUUCAGCACUUUUGAAAGUCACUCUGGAUAACUAAAUGCUGUAAAUGUAAAUAUUCUGCAACAUUUGGGGAUUUUGUACCAGAACUUGUUGACUUUGUCUAUAGUUAAUGUCUUUUAGAGCACAAGAAAAGAACAUGGACUGUCACCCGCCUAAGAUCUUCGAAGAUCAAGCAAUUAUCAAUUAAAAAACUUCAGUCACU